CCGGUGCCUUUUCCUCCUCUUGGAUACACAUCCUCGAGCCGCGCCUGUGAUUGGACGAGCUCUCUUUUGAUGUCACCGGGGGGGCAACCGAAUGAUGGGAAUUUUAACACAUGAACGGAAACGUCAGCGCCGACUCUGACUGGCUGCCUCGCGCGGUCCCCAUUCAGGCUCGCGUGAGAUCCACAGCGAGCCGAGGCUGCCGUUGGACGGUCCACACGUCCGUCUCGAGGAGGCGGGAGGAUCCGGACGACUUUUUCUUUUUUUUUUCUCCCUUCUUCUUCUUCGGCUUCUUUUUUUUCCCUCUUUGCCUCGGUACGGGAGCCGAGCGGGGACCAGCUGGUUACGCGGCGGCCGUGGGUCUCCACCCGAGAGUAUGGCGGCUGGGAUCGCGCUGGAGACCGAGGGGGAGACGGAGACAAGCCAGAGAUGGUGAAAGAGAAACAAAGAGGCGCAAGUUUCUUCAACCAAGUGUCGACACAGCUUCCAGCGUGCGCUGCUUUUCCUCCACUCGGCCUCCUGCCUGAAAACGUUGCGCCUGCACUUCAUUGUAGGGGGGCUGGAGCCAGCGUCUUUUCCCCCCGCUGUCCUCGAUGGAGCAAGUUUGUUUUUUGUUUUUUUCUUUUCUGAUGCAGACAGAGUGGUGAGCUAAGCAGAUGAGAACCCGCACGGUCCACAUCAUCGGGCGAUCUGAUCCUCCUCCCUGUGCACAAUUUCGGACAUACUCGCGGUCCUCGGAUGCCCGUAUAGCUGUCAGUGUCUGGCCUGCACGGGGGGAAUUUCUACAAUGAAAUCCAUCUUGGGGCACCGAGUCUUUGUGCUCCGCCGUAGCUGAGCGGCAGGCGAGCGAAGGCUUGUAUUAUUGACAACCCGUUGAGAAAAAUGGGAAACGGAUGGUGACUGUGAUUUCGUGCGGGGAACAGUUUCUGGGUUCAUUUCAAUGACGCGCGGAGAUUGAGACCGUUUCGACUCGACUGAUAUCCGCGAUGCGCGAGUACAAAGUGGUGGUCCUGGGCAGCGGCGGGGUCGGGAAAUCCGCCCUCACCGUGCAGUUCGUCACCGGGACGUUCAUUGAGAAGUACGACCCCACUAUAGAGGAUUUCUAUCGCAAGGAGAUCGAGGUGGACUCGUCGCCCUCGGUGCUGGAGAUCCUGGACACCGCCGGUACCGAGCAGUUCGCCUCCAUGCGGGACCUUUACAUCAAAAACGGACAAGGAUUCAUACUGGUCUACAGCCUCGUCAACCAGCAGAGCUUCCAGGACAUAAAGCCGAUGAGGGAUCAGAUCAUAAGGGUGAAAAGGUACGAGAAGGUUCCUGUGAUCCUGGUGGGGAACAAGGUUGACCUGGAGAGCGAGCGGGAGGUGUCGUCCAGCGAAGGCCAGGCCCUCGCAGAGGAGUGGGGCUGCCCGUUCAUGGAGACGUCGGCCAAGAGCAAAACCAUGGUAGACGAACUGUUCGCUGAGAUCGUUCGGCAGAUGGACUACGCCGCCCAGCCGGACAAGGAUGACCCCUGCUGCUCCUCUUGCAAUAUACAAUAGCCCCAUGGGCCUCCAAGGAACAGUCCGGGAGCCAGGUCCACUUUAGAGGAGGCCUCAGCAGAGAGAUACACACUUAGACACACAAAUACAUGCACAUGCCAAUUAAACGGAAGACAAAUUCAUGGUUGAACACGAUGGAUUUUGAACUGUAUUGAGCGGAAAAAUCAGCAGCGACAAGAUUAUUAAUAACGACAUGUGAGUCAUGAAUACAUUUUGAACAAGGAAUGCUAGGAAUUUGCCGUGAGAGAAAUUGACAAAAGCAAGCGUGCCCCCCCAUGCCUUAUGUUACUCUCCCUUUUGUUGUUUGGGUCGGUUUUAUCCUUUUCGAGGUCAUGGGGAAAAUCAUCAGCAAUCACAGAAUCAGGAUCUUUACUCUUUAGGUUGCUCUACAGUCUGCUAUAAACGUGUAAAAACAUGUUUUCUCCUGGUUUUGUUUUGCACAGAAUGACGAGAUUCAUUUUUUUUUCUUUGUUACCAUGACCAAGUAUCCAAUCGCAGAUUUCUGAUCAAGUUGUUUUAAAACAUUCAGGAGUAUUUGAUUUGCAGUAUGUACAACCCUCCUCCCAGCUCAUUUUGUGCGGUGGUUGUUUUUUUUUCUACUCAUCACAACAGGGCUGAACCAAAGAGGUGCCCUGAAAGCACCUCCGUUUUCAUAUAUAAGGAAUGGAGAGGAAAAAGCGGUUGAUAAGUCAGUGUCUUUAUUGAAACAUCGAUGCAGUCGUCUCCUUUCCUAUUUUGAGAUACAACAGGAAACGUAAGCAGAGUCUUUUCGAAUAUCGUGUGAUGUUUUGUUUUCCCUCCACCGGGAGACUCUGCCAGCAGAUUGCCGCGUAACAAUAUAACUAACUGCUCCAUCCUGAUGGGACAAAGAGUUCACUUUUCCAGUGUUUGAAACAUCUCUACAGACGAUCUCUCUCUGGGUGUCAUUUAAAAAGUGAAGAUGCCAACAUUUGUCAUACUUUGCGUUUUCCGUUUCUCCUCCGGUAUCAAAAUGAAAAUGGGGUGCUCACGAGUUUCAACAUCCCGAUCCCAUUCUGUCCGUGCUCAGAGUAUUCAAGUCUAUAGUAACAAAUAGUAACAACGAAGGCGAUGAUAAUAAGAAUAACCAAUAGUAGUGUAAAUAUUUUGUAUUGAAAAGUGCCAGCUCCUGAGAAGACACUGACUCGACACAUGUGGAACUGUCAACUGUAUGCAUGGCUAGUGAACAAAAGAAAAAAAAAAAAGGACUCUUACUGUUUGAGCUUAAUAUAGGCUGUGGAAAUGUGCAAAACAAACACAUACAAGUCUGGAUCUGGACACUCUCAACUGUACAUCUGCAGUAUCUUGCCACGGGAGCCAGACUUUCCCCGUGUAACCAUUUUCAUUGUUGAUUUUCUAUUUUUUUAUGUGACCAUUUACUCUUUAUUCCCUCUCUGAAUGGUGACACUGUUACAUUUGACACCUAAACAAUAAAAGUGCGUUCAACACUCGA